AUGGCGACGGCCAGAAAAGUAGAGGAUUCUUUUGAUGACAGUAGGUAUCUAAGAGUUAAUUGCCAGAUAAACUUAGCGACAUACAUGACAACAGAGACGUAUAACCUUCAAGACAUCAGGGAUUUUAUUGAUAGGAAUCAUGGAAAUGUAAAUAUUGAUCAGAGGAAUGAGGAGGGUCAAACUGCUCUCAUGAGAGCUUGUCUUGAUAGAAACAAAAAAGUUGUGGAGUUUUUGUUAGAGAAAGGAGCAGAUCCUAACCUGAGAUGCCUAAGAGAGGGAAACAGUGCUCUACACUUUCUUAGCCAAAGUCGACCAUGCUGUGACACAGAAAGCGAGACAGACCUGGAAGAUUGGGAACCUAUUCUCAACAAAGUGUCAGAAGCCGAGAGCAGUUGCAAAGACUUCUUGACUCGGGAAAGCCAAGAUGAUACUUACAACCGUUUGAUCAUUAAGUACUGUUUGGAUGAAAAGUACUGUCAAUGUACUGUGUUUAAAAAGCAGAAGAGAAGUGCUAGGAUCAUAGAUACUUUAAUAUUACAGUAUGGUGCUUUGAUUCAGAUCAACAAUGAUGGAUUGACUCCUGCAGAUAUUGCUGGGCUACAUAGGAAACUAUCAACUGUGUUGCACUACAUAAAUCAAGACUAUAUUCCAAAGUCAGAGCAAAGAAGAGCAUUGGAAAUCAUGGGUUCGUCGUUCAUGAUGAAGGAGGAGCAUGAGAAAGCUUAUCAUGCAUUUACCAUGGCAAUGGAAAAUCGUGAAAGUUCUGGUACUGUUCCAAUGACCAUCCAAAGAUCUCAUUUCGAAAGUUGCUUGGGUCGCACGGAAUCUAGGAGUCUCAGUGACCUUAGAAAGAUUAACGGUGACAAGUAUGCAAUGAAGAUUCAAGGCAUCCUUGUUGCAGAUCGUGUUUUACCAGAUUCACUGAAGUCAGAAUAUGUUUAUGAACGUCUUGUUGACUAUGGAUAUUUACUGUUGUUUCAUUGGGAUACACUGGAUGACGCCUUCCGAGUGUUCACAGAAUGUCUUUGUCUGGAACGCAAAGGAUGUUUGCCUGUUGGGAGGGUCCUUUUGUCAUUGAUGUACAGCAUCAGUCAAGCUACAAGCUCUCCAGGCCUCCACAGAUGCAUUCCACAAUAUGUGACUCUACUCUGUCAGUCUUUACAGGUCUAUGUUGAUGUAAUCAGUGAGGCAAGCGUUGAGAACUUGACAAGUCAUAUCCAGGAUGUUCUCACUAAUCUAUCAAUGACCUUGUAUUCCUUCACAAACCAUCUCUGUAGAGUAAAGGAUGUUCAGUGUGUCGUUGAACCAGUUGCCAAGAUGAUUAAAGUCAUAUGGAGAAGGAUAGAUAAACAUUCUGUCUCCAGAGACCCUUACAAGCACCUCACAAACUCUGUCUGUCAUAAAUUACUUUGUGAUAUGAUAACACACUUUCGAUACUAUCAUGACUUUGAAGAAAAUAAAUAUACUUGUAACUGUUUUAAGCAAGUACUUGCUCGUUUAGUACAAGUCGAAGGAGCAUUAGAUAUCGACAUGAGAGGAGAUACGCUCUUGCACUCAUUGGUUGGUCUUGUGUCUUUUGGUGAGAUUCGGAUGAUUGCCGAUAUCGCUGCGCUUUUUCUGAAAUAUGGUUGUCCGCACCGCGUGAAGAAUAUUCAAGGCAAGAUGCCUAUUGAUAUUGUAAAGGAGGAAGCUACUGGUCUUCAAAAUGGUUUCCGUCAAGAACUCGCCAUUCUCUACGAUGUCCUAUCUCCUGCAACACUCACUUUGCAAGAGUUGAGUAUCAGAACCAUCCUUAGGUAUGAUAUCCGUUAUUGGGAUAACCUUCCUGGAAAGCUUUGUUCCCUUAUUAAUGAACGGUUUCUUGAGGGUUAUGACCCUUGGGAAAUGACCUAG